UCUCCCACUGAUUGCUCCGACUUAGGAGAAACUUUCAUGCAGCAAGCGUAUCGUGCUAUUCAGUUCUUCCAAGCUCGGUUGCGCGAUCUUGCUGUCACAUUUGAGGAGAAUUCUCGUUUUCCGAAAAUUAUUAUGCGGAAGUGCUUUUAGCUCCUGCGUGUGACAUUAGUGCCUACUAGAUUAGUUAAAGUGAAUUUAAAUUCUCGACAAUGGAACAAGUGAAAACGGUGUCGGUGUUUAGCGCCGCUGUCUUGAUAUUUCUUUGUUUUGGCUUCAGCUCUUCCGAACGGAAAUUCAACAACAGGAAUGCAAGAGUUACAACAGAAAUUAAAACUGGCGUUAACUUCGAUUGCCCAGAAGAAUUUGGAUACUACCCCCAUCCAAACGACUGCACACAAUACUAUGUUUGUGUCUUUGGUGGCGCACUGUUGGAAUCAUGUACAGGAGGACUAAUGUACAGUCAUGAACUCCAAACAUGUGACUGGCCGAGGAACGUAGGCUGCGACGGCCUUGAAGUAUCUGGAUCGCCUGCAGCAUAUUCUUCGUCCAGCGCUUCUUCCAGAACUAAAGAAAGAGAACGAGAAAGAGAUAACGAGAAGGAACGAGUGAGAGUCGACCAGAGACAGACCAGCUACUCCUCUCUCCCACCCCCACCACCUCCACCACAGCCAGCAGCGGUUGUGACAUCAAGAGGACAGCCAAGAAAUUUACAUCAUUCGCAACAAAGUCUCAUAAAGAAAAAACAACAACAACAACUUUACGAAGAGGCUGAGGAGAGUCUGCCACCUGCUGAAGAAAUUGAAAGUGACCGUCAACAACGUGUCUAUCGUGGACAACCUCUUACAAUAGGGCAAGUGCAGAGAGAUAGGGAUGGAAUAAGAUAUUCCAAUGCGAUAUCUGCGUACAGUGGACGAGGUGAUAAAAUUGGUGUGAUAUCAUUUGGAACACAAAAUCAACAAUACAGCGAAGAAAAAACAAUCCCACCUCCCCCGCCCCCAACCACUGCUCCAACCCGAAAAUUGUAUAAUGGCACACAAUAUAAUGACAAUCGAUAUGAACCCUUCUACGCCUAUUACGAAGAUGAUGUAGGUCUAGACGAUGAAUAUCCUCGUCAAGAAGAGAAUUACAACAGUGCCCAGAGGGUUCAAACGUCAACCUACCGCACAGCGCCAUCUACAUCAGCUAAAAACGAUAUACCUAAACGCGGUAACACCGUCUUCAUUGAAAACAAUUACAACCAGCAGAACCUCUACCAGCCCUCUACAGUCUCAGAUUACAGUGAAGAUAACAGAUACGAUACCCAGGUUGAUGACCAAAGUGCCUUCAGACAAAGCAACCGACAGCCAUAUAGGGGAGACAGGAAUGACAUAAAUGACGUGGAAGAGGUUACCACUAAAAGAACAACUACAAGUACUUCCACAACCAGAAAAUACUCUACUACAACUAGAACCACCACGGUGACUCCACGCAUAAUACCUUCUAAAAAGAGUACACCACCCCCAGCAAGAUCUGCUCAAAGGGGACGUGGUUCAGCUCACUACUCUGGGGCUGGUGACCAAAUUAUCAAUAAUGAAGUUACAGUCACCAGCAACCGUGGAACACCAGCUCCGCGCUCGCGACCAACACUCAAGCCAUCAACCUCGAUCAUUUCCAAGGUACAAGAGUAUGUCGAUAUCUACAAAUAUCCUCCAUCUCGCCCAGAACCCAUAUAUCCACAACCCCAGGCUGACAAAACGGCAGCAAAAUGUAGGAAAGACGUUUGUUUAUUGCCUGACUGCAGCUGCGGUGGAAAAGAUAUUCCUGGCGAUAUACCUCCAGAAGAAACGCCUCAAAUGGUCCUGAUUACUUUUGACGACGCAGUCAAUGAUUUAAAUAAAGAGUAUUACGUAGAUUUGUUUGAACAAGGACGCAAGAAUCCUAAUGGUUGUCCAAUAACAGCAUCAUUUUAUGUUUCACACGAAUGGACAGAUUAUAGCCAGGUUCAAAAUCUUUACGCAGAUGGUCACGAGAUGGCGUCCCACACAGUGUCGCACAGCUUCGGUGAACAAUUUUCUCAGAAAAAAUGGACCAGGGAAGUAGCAGGACAGCGAGAAAUACUUUCUGCAUACGGCGGAGUACAUUUAGAAGACGUGAGAGGAAUGAGGGCGCCAUUUUUAUCCGUUGGAGGUAACAAAAUGUUCAAGAUGUUAUACGAUUCCAACUUCACCUAUGAUUCAUCUAUGCCAAUCUACGAAAACAAACCUCCAAGCUGGCCUUAUACUCUCGAUUACAAGCUAUUCCACGAUUGUAUGAUCCCACCUUGUCCUACGAAGUCGUAUCCCGGCGUGUGGGAAGUUCCAAUGGUCAUGUGGCAAGAUCUUAAUGGAGGAAGAUGCUCUAUGGGUGAUGCAUGCAGUAAUCCCCCAGAUGCUGAGGGUGUCUUCAAGAUGUUGACGAAAAACUUCCAGAGGCAUUAUUCAACAAACAGGGCACCAUUUGGUUUAUUCUAUCACGCUGCUUGGUUCACUCAACCACACCACAAAGAGGGUUUCAUUAAUUUCAUCGACAGUAUAUUGAAAUAUGAUGAUGUGUGGCUGGUCACAAAUUGGCAAGCUCUGCAGUGGGUAAGAGAUCCCACACCCAUCUCUCGAUUGGGCUCCUUCCAACCAUUCCAAUGUGAUUACAGGGAUCGACCAAAGAGGUGUAACAAUCCCAAAGUGUGCAAUUUGUGGCACAAAUCUGGCGUAAGGUACAUGAGAACUUGUCAGCCCUGUCCAGAUAUUUACCCGUGGACUGGUAAUUCCGGAAUUCGUAGCAGUCGAGUUGACAAUGCAAUUGAAGAUUAAUGCUGUAGCAAAAUUUAAAAAUUGGAGUGAAAAUUUAUCAAUUCCUAUUGUAUAGAGAAACUUUCAAAUAUUCCACCUCAUCAAAAGUGAUAUCAUAUUUAAGAAGUUUUGCAAUAUGUGAAAACUGACGCUAUUUUUUUUCAAUACAUGCUCUCUAUCAUCUGAAUGGUCGCAAACUUCUAAUUUUGGCGUAGUCCCAAUACCACUGCCAUCUAGCGUUAGUUUAAUAAACAUUAAAAAUAGGUUUUGACUGAAAUCCCUCAUUUUUGUUCAGCUCUGUUAAUCAGUUCUUUGAUUUCCCCCAAAAAAGUCCAGUGAUAGAGUAGUAAUGGCACAACAUGUGGUGUACGCUACUAUCUUUGUUGAAAUACUCUAAUACAAUGCUCCUCAAAACAUGAUAUUACUAACAAUUAUCAGCAGAGGUAGCAUCGUACAGCUUUCCAACGCAUGAAAAGCCUUUCACUCACAAAAAGUCAACUACCUACAUAACAAACAAUCACAUUUUAACUCUUACCUUUUUUUUGGUAACUUACUGAUUAUUUUCAAAUGCAACAAAAGCUGACCUGCGAUCAUUCAUAUUCUCAAAAAUUUUACAAAUAAAAUAAAACAAAUAAAAUAUUCCUCUAUUAUUCACUCCUCAAUUAUUAUUCAUUUAAAUUCAGAUGGUUUAUGUUUUAUUGUUCAUUUCUUGAAAAACAUCAUUCUUGCUGAAAAUCCUCUACAAUGUAUUCAAGUAACACUUCGUGAGAUUUUCACUAAAACGUUAACAAAACCGCAACACGUGUUUCGCUAUACAACAGCUUCUUCAGGUGUUUCAAUACUGUCAAUAUUAAUCAUGCUUAGUGUACUGUAGUGAAACACUUGAGUGGAUUUGUGAACUUUUUUUUGAAAAUAUUUCAAUAAAAUAUCACUUGAAUACACUAUGAAAUUUUUUUAACGAUAACAUGUAUGUUCAAAACACAAAACUAACCCAUUCAGGACCCUCGAAAAGUAACUGGAGAAACCUAUUUCUAAUGUUUUAUUUUUGAUUAUGUAUCGGAAGUUGAAAAUAAAUUUGUAGUUACUGAAUUUCGUGAAUAGAUGUUCAUUAGGUGUCAAAUCCUUGGUCUCGAUACCUAAUCAACAUCUCUCUUUGUAAAUGUUAGCUGUAAAUAGUAUAAAAUAUUUACGUCUAUAGAAACUAUUUUGAAAUUUAUGCCAACAGAUACAAGGUGUUUGAUUUGCUGUCAAAUGAAAAUAGAAGUAUCUGUUUUGGAAUCUGCAUGCGAUAUAUACAUUUGUUACAAGCACAAUACAUUAUCCCAUGCAAGUUUUGUAUAUUGUGCUAAAGUAAUAUUGUCACCUUGGAAUCCGUAUGUUAUACUCCAAUGUCGAGACUGUAUUAUGAAAUUCAUAUUGAAGCUCAAAUACAACUUCAUUGUCUCGAUGAUAAGUUUCAAAUAUUAAUUGCAUUUUUAUACUUCAAUGUGUGUAAGAUGACGCCUGUAGAUAUAAUCAAAUUUAUUUAUAAAAUAAGGCACAUUUAAUUUAUUAUCUCUUAGGAACAAAUUGGAUUAUAAUUAUGAGACAGUGUUUGGCAAUUGUAAAAAGAUCUAAAUAAAUGUAAAAUGAGAA